AUGGAAAAGCAGAAAGAACUCGACCACGAAAAACAAAACCUUAAGAGUCUUAUUGAAGAGGAGCGGCGCGUUGCGGCGGGGAUAGAAAAACUGACAGGGGAAGCCCCUGAGGAGGAGACUCCAAAAGAAGUUGCACUCGCUGAGCAAGAGGCGCAGCCUCCAGAGGAGCAACCAGCUGAGGAAGAAGCCGCAGAAGAAAAGGCUGAGGAGAAGAGCGCUGAGUUAAACGAAGCCGAAGCCACAGAAGAAAAGGCUGAGGAAAAGAGUGCUGAAGCAAACGAAGCUGAAGCCCCAGAAGAAAAGGCUGAGGAAAAGAGUGCUGAAGCAAACGAAGCUGAAGCCGCAGAAGAAAAGGCUGAGGAGAAGACCGCUGAGCCAAACGAAGCCGCGGCUCUCACUUCUGAGCCCACAGAAGCAGAGCCAGAGGAAGCGCCUCAAGAAGCUUCUGCUCAAGAAGCAGGCGGCGAGGAAGAUACUUCCGAAGAGGUGGGACUGUCUACUUCACAAACAAAACCGAAGGCUUAA